AUGGCUCAACCUGUCGAGCAGUGGAUUACGGAUAUCCCACCAGUAACGAGAGUAUGGGUAGCAGCAUCAAUAGGAGCUAGUGUGUUGGUGGAAUGUCAAGUGGUAGCGGAGCUUCAACUCUACUUCUCCUGGAAAGCGGCUGUAGGAAAUAUGCAGGUAUGGAGGUUCAUUACGACGUUUUUGUACUUUGGACCAUUAUCGCUAGAUCUGGCAUUUCAUAUGUUUUUCAUAUUGCGAUACUCUAGGCUGUUAGAAGAAAACUCAUUCUCAAAUCGGAGAGCAGAUUACGUUUGGUUAUUAUUCCUAUGCUCGGUAUUCCUCCUUAUCAUAUCGCCUCUCCUGACUAUGCCAUUCCUCUCAUCGUCACUUGCAUUCGCCUUGGUGUAUAUCUGGUCAAGGAGGAAUCCAUCUAUCAAAAUGUCUUUGUUCGGUGUAGUCACGAUCACCGCUCCGUAUUUACCUUUAUGCUUAGUAGCGUUCUCAUGGUUGUUACAAGGUGGAUUCCAAGCUGCCAUAGGGGAUAUCGUUGGUAUCCUCGCCGGUCAUACAUACGUUUUCCUCCAGGAUUACUGGCCAAGGGAAAUGUGGUCAACGACUGGAAAAGGGGAAAUACAAACACCCGCUUUUGUCAAGAGACUGUUUGGUCAAACAGAGAGGUAG